AUGAGACAUGGCAAACUUCGGGAUGUACUCGCUGGAAGCAGCAUCGAUAAAGCGGCAAGUGCUUCGACCAGCAGCAGUCGAGAAUUUGCAGUGGCUGCCAGGCAGAGAACGACAACCAUUAGCCAUUCGAUUGGAAUGGAAGGAGCCAAUGGCAAUGAAGAGUCAAUCCCUGAGGAGGACCGUCCCUUCCACAAGCUCAUUCUCGCGGCCUCGCUCCCCUUGCCUCCACACAACACGCCCCUAUCGCCCACCCCACUCACACACCCUCGACCUCCUGAAACCCUCCCGUUGACUCUCCUUCAAGACUCUCCUGCUCCUGCACCGACAGCAUCACCACCAGCAGCACCAUCAGCAGCGGCUACAGAACCGUUUCCAUGUGCAUUGAAAGACUCGAGCCAUCCAUGGUUAGGCAUGGUUGAGCCAGCAGCAGCUGAACAUCCGUUUCUCUGUGCGAGGAAAGACUCAAAAGCCGUGCUUUGGGGCCGAGUGUUAGGAGGAGGGAGUUAUGGGUUGGGGAAGAGAGCAGUGGGGAAGGGGCGGUACGGAGGGGUGGGCGUGGCGCUGCCUGUUCUCUUCGCCUGUUGUGGGGGUCUCUCCUUCGGUUACCAUGUCAGUGUCAUCAACGCGUCUCUGCCCUUCCUCCUUGCUGACCUGCACCAACCCGCAACCAGCAUGGCAGCGUCACUAGUUGUGAGCAUCCCAUUGGCGCUGGCAGCAGUGGGGGCGCCGCUGGGUGGGUGGCUUGCUGACGUGGCAGGAAGGAGGCGCGCGUUUCAGAUCGCAUCCCUGCCGUUCAUUGCGGGAUCGCUGCUCAGUGCUGCAGCAUCUGCCACGUGGCAGAUGGUGAUUGGCCGAGCUCUGGUUGGGGUUGGGCUGGGAAUCGUAUCUGGCACUGUUCCUCUCUACAUAUCAGAGGUAACCCCCACCUCAUCUCGCGGCACGUGGGGGACGUUAGCUCAGCUCUCCACCAGCGUUGGAGUCUUCUCUGCCCUGCUGGUCGGACUGCCUCUGGAGCAGCACCACAGCUGGUGGCGACCCAUGUUUCUUCUGGGCUCUAUUCCUCCCUGCCUCUUGCUGCUCGGCAUGGCAGUGGCCGCACCAGAGACUCCCCGCUGGCUGCUGCUGCACCACAGCCUGCACGCAGCAGCGCGAGCAGCAGUGAUCCUGAGAGGAACGGAGGGGGCAGAAGAGGUGUUACAGGAGCUCCUGUCGACACACCCACUUGCUACCUCUGCACUCACGUCCGCUGCUGCUCCCAGCAGCACCGCGCUGCACCUCACCAGCAGCUGCUCUGCUGUUGAGGUGCCGCGGAAGCAUUCUGCUGCUCAUGCACCCAGCAGCACCGCGCUGCACUCCACCAGAAGCUUCUCUGCUGUUGAAGUGGCCCAAAAGCAUGAUGCUGAUGCAAUGAGCAGCACCGCCCUGCACUCGCCUUUGCUCACCAGCAGCCGCUCUGCUCCGCCCCUUGCUGCCUCUCUCUUUCAUCCAAGAUACCGGCGAGUGCUCCUCCUAGGCCCAGCGCUCUUCGCCCUGCAGCAGUUCGCAGGCAUCAAUGCAGUGGUUUACUUCUCCUCUCAUGUCUUCCGCUCUGCUGGAUUUUCCUCCGGCAUCGCUGCCUCUGUGCUGAUCGCCUCGUUCAAACUCGCAGCUGUGCUGCUGGCAGCUCGACUGGUUGACUCGGCAGGGAGAAAGCCCCUUCUGCUGCUCUCCUUCCUUGGCAUGGGAUUCUCUAUGCUGUUCCUCUCGGCUGUCCUAUCCUGGCCUCUACUGCAGCCCCAUGCGCCACUUCUCUCCAUUAUUGGCACAAUCACGUACGUGACAGCAUUCUCGUGUGGAGUGGGUCCCAUCCCCAGCCUGCUGCUUCCGGAGAUUUUCCCCCUGCAAGUGCGGGCUGCAGGGGUGGCCUGCAGCAUGGCUGUUCACUGGGUGUGCAACUUUUGUGUGGGGUGCUUCUUCCUUCCGGCAACAUCAGUGGUUGGUGUCAGUGGGGUGUACCUCUUCUUUAGCUUUGUGUGCUUUAUGUCCAUGGCAUUUGUCUACUGUUCUGUGACUGAAACCAAGGGAUUGUCACUGGAGGAGAUAGGGGAUAUUCUUGAGGCGGCUUCCAGCCUCAAAAGAAAAGCUUGA